AUGCAGGCCGGAGGCAAUACCAGCGGCGGCCCCGGCGUGGGCGCCAAGCGCGGGCGCGGGGGCGGCGCGGCUGCAGCGCUGAACCCUGGCGCGGCGCCCGUGGAGCUGCUCGUGGACACGACGGCGGAGGCCGUGAAGACGCGCUUCCUGCAGUUCCUGUGCGGCUACGGGCAGCAGGACGAGGCCCUGGACGAGGGCGCGCCGCCCAAGAUCAACUACAGCCAGCAGGCCGAGGUCAUGCGCAACACGGAGACGUCGUCGCUGUUCGUGGACUUCUCGCACGUGCUCGAGUUCGACCCGGACCUGGCGCAGGCCCUGCAGGCCCAGUACUACCGCUGGGAGCCGUACCUGCGGCGCAGCGUCUUCGAGUUCAUCCGCCUCGAGGACGCGGCCUACACGGUCAACGAGGACGCCAACAAGACGCAGCGCGAGUUCUUCGUCAACUUCUACAACUUCCAGCACGUGUCGCAUAUUCGGGACCUUAGGACCAGGAGUAUCGGAGAGCUGUUGUCCUUCUCGGGCACAGUCACCAGGACGUCCGAGGUGCGUCCGGAGCUGCUGUUCGGAGCCUUUACCUGCACGGACUGCGGCGGGGAUACCACCGGAGUGGAGCAGCAGUUCCGCUAUAGUGAGCCGGUCAAGUGCCAGAACCCGUACUGCCCCAACACCUUCUCGUGGGAGCUCAACACUGAGAAGUCGGUCUUCGUGGACUGGCAGCGCGUCAAGGUGCAGGAGAACAGCGAUGAGAUCCCGGCCGGCAGUAUGCCGAGAUCUAUUGACGUUAUCUUGAGGCACGAGAACGUCGAGCAGGCCAAGGCUGGAGACCGCGUGGUCUUUACGGGUACGCUGAUCGUGGUGCCCGAUGUGUCCAAGUUCGCUCGCGCCGGAGGAGAGAACGCGGUGGCUACGCGCAACAAUGGCCAGCGACCGCGGCGUGGAGGAGAGAACAGCACCCAAGGCAUGGAAGGCGAAGGCGUGCGUGGUCUCAAGGCGCUCGGCGUGCGCGAGCUCACGUACAAGACGUGCUUCCUUGCGUGUAGUGUGCAGACGAUGGAGCAGCGCUUCAACAGCAUCUCCAUUCGCAGCGAGUUUAACGAAGACGGUGCCGAAGGAGAAGAUGGAGCUGAGGCUGCCCUGCAGGAGUUUAGCGAUGAGGAGCUGGCGUCGAUCCGUGAGAUGCAGCAGGACCCGGACCGGUACCUGAAGAUGGCCAAGUCCAUUUGCCCGUCGGUCUACGGCCAUGACGAGAUUCGGAAGGGAAUUCUGCUGAUGCUGUUUGGUGGUGUGCACAAGAAGACUCUAGAGGGUAUCAAGCUGCGUGGUGAUAUCAACGUCUGCAUUGUCGGCGAUCCGUCAACCGCCAAGUCGCAGUUUCUCAAGUAUAUCGUUGGAUUCUUGCCGCGCGCCAUUUACGCGUCUGGAAAAGUGAGCUCGGCUGCAGGUCUUACGGCUUCAGUGACGCGCGAUGCAGACAGUGGCGACUACUGUGUGGAGGCCGGCGCCCUUAUGCUGGCAGAUAACGGUAUUUGCUGUAUAGACGAGUUCGACAAGAUGGACCCGAUGGACCAGGUCGCGAUUCACGAGGCUAUGGAGCAGCAGACUAUCUCCAUCACGAAGGCUGGUAUCCAGGCCACGCUCAACGCGCGUACAAGUAUUUUGGCCGCUGCGAACCCGUAUAACGGUCGAUACGACAAGACCAAGACGCUCAAGUACAACGUGAACAUAUCGGCACCCAUUAUGUCGCGUUUCGACCUGUUCUUCGUUAUCCUCGACGACGGUGACGAAGUCACGGACCAGAAAAUCGCAGAGCACAUCGUCAACAUUCACAUGCCGAGCGAGCUGCAGGUGGAGGCGACGGAGACCGGCGCGUACAGCGAAGAAGACCUGAAGCGCUAUAUCAAGUUCGCGCGCACGCUCAAUCCCGUGAUCACCCCUGAAGCGAAGCGCAUGAUGGUGGCGUGCUACCGGAGCCUCCGCGAGAACGACGUCGUGAGCAAUGGACAGACCAACAUCGCCUACCGUAUCACCGUGCGCCAGCUGGAGUCCAUGAUCCGUUUGUCCGAGGCUCUGGCCCGACUCGACCUCAUGGACACGGUGCUGGUCUCGCAUGUGCAAGAGGCCUACCGGUUACUGAGCAAGUCGAUCAUCCACGUCGAUACGCAGAACGUUGAGCUGGAGAUGCCUGUCCCCCCCAAGCAGGGUUCGACUACGUCGUCUUCUCUCUCGUUCGAGCGCUUCGCUAGGAUCCAGAAGGCUAUCGGCCGGUUCGUCCGAGAAAAGGAGGAGGAGGCGAUGAGCGCCAAGCUCGCUCGCGAUGCCAUCCGCGCACAGACAGCAGCGAGCGGAGAAGGGGAGCAGAAGGUGGAAGAGGACGAGUACUAUGAAGAAGAGGCGAGCGGCGUGCUGCAGGGCGAGCUCGUGACGUGGUACCUGUCGUCGCAAGACAUCACGUCAGAGGCGCAGCUCUCGCGCGAGAAGCGGAUGAUCUGCUCGGUGAUCGACAAGCUGCUGCAGGACAAAAUCCUGUCUGUCAAGCUGUCGCCCGAGGAGGAGGACGCCAACAAGCAGCAGCGGUAUUUAACAGUGCACCCCAACUAUGCCUUCGAGUAG